CCCCCGCACCCAAAAAGGAAAAGGAAAGAAGAAGAACGCGAAAAAUAAGAACCGAAUUCCUCCCCCGGAAGAACAGGCGGAGGAGGAAAGGAGCCACACCCAAUACCCGUCCCGUCCGGCCGCCUUGCGCCCGGAGGCCCCCCCGCCCGCGGAUCCGAUCGGUCGAUUGGAGCCUCCCCCCGCCGACCCUCGCUAGGGCAAGUAUCUGUGAUGUCCAUCUGACUCUUACCUAGUUCACUUCCACGGUUCCACAUACCUUACUUACAUGGAUGGCGCAAGAGGCAGAGGAGACGGGUGUCCACGCACCUGAGGCCCCGAUAUUGUGCAUUAAUAACUGUGGCUUCUUCGGCAGCCGGAUGACUGAAAACAUGUGUUCAAAGUGUUACAGGGACACUGUGAAGGUCAAGACAGUGGCCGCUGUGGCAGAGAAGAAAGUUGCUGUUGCAUCGUCUUCCACGUCUUUGGUGGCAGAAAUCGAGGAUGAAGUGUCUGUUCCAGUCAAAGAUGGGAAGCAAGCAGUCGAGGAGGAGGCACCGAAGCCACCCAGUAACCGGUGCUUGUCAUGCCGGAAGAAGGUCGGGUUGACAGGAUUCAGGUGCCGCUGUGGAGAUACCUUCUGCUCAAUGCACCGUUAUGCAGAUGCACACAAAUGCACCUUCGAUUACAAGCAAGCUGGCAGGGAGCAGAUAGCCAAACAGAAUCCUCUCGUGAAAGCUGACAAGGUCACAAAAAUCUGAUGGUGGUUCUGCAGGAUCCCUGCUCAUCAAGUUUACUUCAGAAUUAUGUGUCAAGGAUUGAAUUGGGUCUACCUGGAAUUUGCCGUGCCAAUGAACUGCCUUAGACAAACACCACCAACUGAUGCCUGUCACCGACUCGCCGGGGUACUUGAGCUCCCACCAAUGGGCCAUUGCACCAAUUCGGCCACUCUUUCAAGCCUUCAAAUGCUAUAUUUUGUUGGUGUUUGUGUGGGGAACAUUCAUUGGCACAGGUGCAUUCUUAUUUAUAUGCAAUAUGAAUAACGUAAAUAUUUAUUCCAGACAGUAUGCACUUGUCCUAUUGUGCUCGAGGCUUGGCAGAUUUUCAUGGUCACUUUUUUUUUUGUUUGACAGCUUGCAUGGUCACUUGUUAAUAUUGUAGGUUUGGUGUGUAUUCUGUGAUUAGAUGCUUCUCUGUGAAAAUUGAUCUCAUUAAGAA